AUGGUUAAGCUCCACAGCGCUCCUCCCUUCCGUGCAGAGCACAUGGGAUCAUUGCUGCGCCCGGAUAAUCUUCUUGAAGUGCGGGCAAAGAUUCGUGACACCGGUAUAUCCGAAGAGGAAGCUGGUCUGCCUGCUGUCGAACGCCAGGCUGUCGCAGAUGUUGUGAAGAUGCAGACUGAUCUAGGCCUGAAAGCAGUCACAUCAGGCGAAUAUAACCGCACCAGGUUUUGGGGACUCACAUUUGAUGAGUUUGGAGGAACCAUCCGCUUGCAAGAUGCCGAUGCCUCAAUGUUCCGUCUGUAUCACCCAGAUGUCGUGAGUCUUAUUGAGAAAGACCGCAAGGUUAUGCCUGGUGAUUCGGUCAUUGCCGGAUCUAAGCUAUUCUGGAGCCCGGAACGGUCCGUGUCGAAUCUGCAUGAGCUGAAGCUAGUGCAGCAAGCUCUGCCAGAGACUGAGUGGAGCAACAUCAAGUUGACUAUGAUCACACCUGCCUGGUUCCACAUGCGCUACAAACAAGGCAAGGCCUACACCCCUGAAGCCUAUGCAAAUGACCGUGAAUACUUCCAGGGCGUAGCUCAGGUUUAUAAGGCCGAGUUGCAGGCUUUGUAUAAUGCCGGCUUGCGCAAUGUGCAGUGGGAUGACCCGGGCAUGGCAUACUUCUGCUCCAAAGCGUUCCGCCAAGGAUGGGAAGAGGAUAAGGACAACAUUGGUACGGUCGAAGACUUGCUUGAUGCCUACAUCCAACUCUACAAUGACUGCGUCAGCGAAAUCCCCGCGGACAUGCACACGGGAAUUCACCUGUGUCGCGGAAACUUCAUCGGCGGUCGCCACUUCGCCGAGGGAUCGUAUGAUAUCAUCGCCAAAAAGUUGUUUGAGAACCUCAAUGUCAACACAUUCUAUCUUGAAUACGACACUGAGCGGGCUGGUGGUUUCGAGCCCCUCAAGUUCCUUCCCAAAAACAAGAACGUCGUCGUUGGUGUGAUCAGCACCAAGCUCCGUGAGCUGGAGAACAAGGAUGCCAUCAAGGAGCGUAUCUACCAGGCCGUUGAUUUUGUUGCAGCUGGUAGCGGCGAAACCCGUGAAGAGGCGCUCAAGCGCGUUUGUGUUAGUCCCCAGUGUGGUUUCAGUACUCACGAGAGUGGGUACCCUCUUUCUUUCGAGGACCAGAAGAACAAGCUGUGCCUGGUCCGCCAGGUCGCGGAUGAGAUCUGGGGCGAGCCAUAA